AAUCUUGAGCCACAUAAAUCUGAGGCGUCCAGAGAUUGAGCUUCGAGCUGCUUGGUAAUUGGGUUCACGUCCUAUUCCCAGUGGUGCGAUUGUGAAAGUGGGGGGAGUGGACGGGCAGGUCCAUAUGUGUGUGUGGGAGAAUGAGAAUCCUUUGUGGUCAAGGCAUCAAUUGAAUCCUUUUGACCUCUCCUGCUAAAUGGGAACUGAUUAAGAUGCCGACUCGCUGAUAGACGCGUUACUUAUGUGCUUCAUUGAUUGUUUUUUUCCGCCGCCUGGACCACCCCUCUCGAUGGUCUCUUACGGGUCUGAUAAAGCGGAAAAGUUCUCGAAAAAGGUGGAAGCGGGGGGCGAUCCCAGCAUUAGGAACAAGCUUUUAAUUACCUGCCGCCUCUGGCUUUUCCUCUCCAACUUUCUUUUGCAACUCCAUAAACGUAAAUCGCUGGGAAAAUCCCCUCGCGACAGCAGCAAAGUAUGCAACACUUUUCCAGUUAUUAACUCUUGAAGGAAGAGGAGGAAGGGGGACCCAGGAGGAGACUUAGCAGGCGGUCGCGUCAAGUGAUGAACUUAAUAAUAAACGAUGUAAAUAUGAUAAUUUCUCGCAGGAUGUGGCAUCUAAUAAUAAAAUCAAAAUAAUCCCACGGCAGCGACACAAAAGUCACCAAGUCAUGUCACUCAUGAAAGCAGCAAUGUGGCACUGAGGCAGUGGCAGUGGCAGGAGGAUGAAUCGAAGGGGGAUUCGGUGACAACAGCACUGCGGGUGGUCAGCUCCAGGCGGAUGGCGGAUGGCGGCUGCCUUGGGCACAGGAAAAUAUUCAUUCGUCCGCAUCCUUCCUGUGGCAGAGGAAAGCCUCCUCCUGAUUUGGGUCUGGCAUAUGCUGCUGAUCCACAAGAGCCAGGAGACAGCCAGAAGAAGAGAGACAGAGAAGGCGGCGUCGAUUUAAUUGAUUUGUUUUUUAUGCCAAACGGGAUUACGCGUCGCCGUGGCACAGAUUACAGUUGAAAUAUCUGAGUCCUUGCCACAAUGCUCCCAUACCAUACCUUUUGGGUUUUAUACCCUUUUUGCCCAAAAGCUACUAUAAUGCUAUGCAGAAAAGGAAGAAUAUAGUCUGUAGUCAGAGAAUAUAUAUCAUAAAUCAAAAAUGUCAAACGGAUCAUCGUUUAAAAUAUUAAUGCUUUAAUGCCAUGCCAUCUAAAUCCAUCCAUCUAAAUCGAAUGACUAUAAGAUAUAGCCACCGUAUGUAUAUGCAUUCCCACUGCAAGGGUAUCAAUCGCUUCGGCCCACAAACGCUACCCUUCCUCUUCUUAUUCCCACUGUAUGUGUGGUGUUUGUGUGUGUGCCCUUGGAGGUGGUGGGUGCUGGGUGGUGAGGUUGAGUGGCUGCACGUGGCCUCUGCGACUUUGUGACUUCUCUCUGCCACCGAAUGCCGAAGCAGCAUUUACCACCAGCUGCGCAGGUGAAAGGCAGUCGAAAGCGGAGCUGUGGAGCUGUGUGUGGAGCAGGAGCCGCUGCCUCGACGAAGAUGCCACACGGUACGGCAGCAUUAGUCAAGUGAUAAGAAGCCACCCAGUCAGCGAUUCAGUUGCCAAAAGGCGUUUGCCCGAAACGGUUCGCCUGUGAUGUUACCGAGAAGUGAACUCUGAUAACAAAAUAAAAAUCCACUGCCAUUUGGGUGCUCUGAAAAUAUAUUUGUGUGGAAUUGCCCGAAAAUUUGCGAAGUUCCCGAUCCCGAAAGUUCAUGUGAAAAUUGGUGCUGCUUUCGAUCCGUGAAUCCCCCAAUCGAACCAUGAGCGUCAGCGUGGAUGUGGGCGUCAUGUGGCGCCUCUCGGAGGAUUUCAACCGUCGCUUUGGUCUUCGCAUGCAACCAGCCCCGACGGCGGCACAUCAUCCGCAUCAUGCGGCGGCGGCGGCAGUGCACCACUACCAUCAUCACCACCAACACCACCUUGAUCACACACACGGCUCGAUCAUGUUUAACGGUGAGAAAUGUUGCCAAAAUUCGUUGGAAUUUCCGCUGAGCAGACAGAGCCAGAGCCACAACGAGAUGAAUGAACGAUUCCUCCUCAAUGGCGGCGGCAACCACUUGAUCGUUGGUAUUUCCGGUGAGCGGUGCUACGGUGCUGUGGUGCGCCUAGAAAUAUGAAUGGAUGGUAUAUCUGAUGAUGAUGAUGAUGUUGAUGUUGUUGUCUAUGUGAGGGAAUUUUUGCUCUUGGACUGCUUUGCUUUGGCUUGCCUUGCUUUGCUUGGUUGGCCGUGAGUCAUCCUGUCAUCUGGUGGCUUAUGACACUUUCGUGACUUCGGAGCCGGCACUUUGAAGGGAUUUCCCCUUAUAGACCAGCAAUGGGUAUGGGAAUAUCCCCAAAUGGCGGGUCCAGGAUUUAUGCCUCUUGUGGAAUGAGUUUCUGUGAAUCCGCGACUGGCUUAUGGCAUUUCAUUACAUUUCGUUCCGUUGUUUGGCACUCUUGCCACGUCCACAACGACAUACAUAGAGGCAGCGAAAAAGAGACAUUGACCAGAAAAUCUCGUUUGGCUGGGUGGGACUUCUCUCGCGAAUCUCUCUCUCUCUCUUUGUAUGGCUCUCUUUCUCUGUCUGUCUGGCUUGGGGGCAUGGGCAUCUGUUGUGUAUCUGUUGGCUGAU